AUGGAGGGGAUUGCGCACUUCGUGAGCGCGUCCAUGGGAAGCGACGACGAGGGAGACAACGUGCAGGGCAAGUGGAUCGGCCUUGGCAUCGUCAUUGGCUCCGCUGUGCUCUCGAACCUCGGCGUCAAUGUACAGAAACUCUCUCACGUGCGGGAGGAAGAGAAGCCCCUGUUUGAGCGACAGACGUACUACACCCGUCCGCUGUGGCUUACGGGCUUGAUCCUCGUUCUUCUAGGCGCAGUCGGAGACUUUGAAGCACUGGGCUUUGCCCCUCAAGCGCUCGUGGCGGCCGUCGGUGGCGGCUUCACGGUCUUGGCCAAUGUUUUCUUCGCUCAUCUGUGGUUAGGGCAAAUACUGACCAAGACGGAUGUAGUGGGCACGCUUCUCAUUAUCAUUGGCGUCGUACUUAGUACGGUAGCCAAUGAACCAGACGAGCAGCUGUCGCUCGUGGAGCUCGAGAAUCAGUUCUAUCAGCUUGGUUUCCUCAUUUACCUUGGCGUCAUGACAGCGGUGCUUGGUGUGAUUUUUGGACAAAUUGAAGCCAUUUUGAGACUUCCACGGUCGCCAAACGAGUCCAAGUACAGAGUGCUGCCGUUCAUGUACGCUACGGCGUCCGGUAUCUUUGGCUCCUUCUCAGUGCUGCUGGCCAAGUGUGCGUCGAUUUUGAUGAUUUUGACGAUUGGUGGCGAGAACCAGUUUGUCUACUUUACGACGUACUUGUUCAUGGGCGGCAUGAUCUGCACGCUGGUGCUCCAGACGGACUUGUUGAACCGUGCGAUCAUGGCGGGAGAUACACUCAGCGUGUUUCCGAUGUUCCAGUGCUUUUGGAUUGGAUCCAGUGUCAUUGGCGGCGUCGUUUUUUAUGAAAAGUACACGCGGUUCUCACUCUUCGACUGGAUAUGUUUGCCAAUCGCACUAGCAUUUAUCAUUGUGGGUAUUUACUUGCUGGCCAAGCACGGUGAAGGCGAAAUCAACGACAUGGACGGUCAAGAGCUUAGCACUCCCGUCCACCUUGCGCAUUUGACGGGCCAUUUCGGCGCACUCAUGCCUCUGUCACCUCAAGGUCGCUCGUACAGUACCUUUGGCCGAAAAAGUUUUGAUGAUCGUGAAAGCGAGCACGCUUCAGUGCGGUACACACCGCUGAAGAGUCGUGUUUUCGAGCGCAAAGGGUAUUCAAACGGACAUGCUGAUGAACACGACCAUGGUCGAGCAAAGGGUAAGUCCGUUGGCGAGUGGCACGAUCCUCACGGCCGAAGACAUUGCGGUGCUGAUCUUGAAGAGCAGCCUGUGUACAGCGGAUCUUUUUAG